GGCGACAACUCGGACCUACACCGACCGUCCAUUUAAGCAAACGUGGCAGUGACGUCAAAGCCGGAAAUGCCCCGGAUCGAAACUUUAAAGUCGGCUUGUGUUUUUUCCCUCCUCCAUCGCCAGCUCUCUGAAAAUGGUGUGAUUUACUCACAAGUCCGCUCCACGACGAGGGUGCUGCACUUCCAAGUGGCUUUUUGACGAGCCGUGGGGCUGCUGAGCGUUUACCGGCGACAAGAUGACGUGCCGUGACCGGACCAUCGAGUUCCAGUCGGCCUGUAAAUCUCUCCAAGGCAGACAGAAUGGAGUGCAGCCCAAUAAACCAGCUCUCAGCGCUCUCAGGCAGCGCAGUGACUUCACAGUCAUGGCCAAGAGAAUUGGAAAAGACCUAAGCAAUACAUUUGCCAAGCUGGAAAAGCUCACAAUAUUGGCCAAAAGAAAAUCUCUAUUUGAUGACAAGGCUGUGGAGAUCGAGGAGCUAACGUAUAUUAUUAAACAAGACAUCAACAGCCUAAACAAACAGAUAGCACAGCUGCAAGAGUUGAUCAGGUCUCGUGGAGCUCCAGGUGGAAAACACAUCCAAACCCACUCCAACACAAUAGUGGUGUCCUUACAGUCUAAACUGGCUUCAAUGUCCAAUGACUUCAAGUCAGUCCUGGAAGUCAGAACCGAGAACCUGAAGCAGCAGCGCAGCAGGAGAGAGCACUUCUCUCAGCCUCCUGCUGCUGCCUCUCCACUCAUGGCCAAUAACUUCAGGAGCCGCAAAAAAGGGGCCCAGGAGCCGCAUGCAGCUCGCGAGCCGCGCAAUGACUACCAGGGCUUUACAACCUCAAAUGUAAAAGAGAGUUCAGUCCUGAUGCAGGAUGAGUCCAGGAGUCUGGGCGACGUUGCCAUCGACAUGGACUCGCACGCUAACAAUCCCUUGCAGCUGCAGCUUAUUGACGAGCAGGACUCUUACAUCCAGAGCCGUGCUGACACCAUGCAGAACAUCGAGAGCACCAUCGUGGAACUGGGCUCCAUCUUCCAGCAGCUGGCCCACAUGGUCAAGGAGCAGGAGGAGACCAUCCAAAGGAUCGAUUCCAACGUGGAGGACUCUCAGCUCAACGUGGAAGCGGCCCACUCCGAGAUCCUAAAGUACUUCCAGUCGGUGUCGUCCAAUCGCUGGCUGAUGAUCAAGAUCUUCCUGGUCCUCGUGGUCUUCUUCAUCGUUUUUGUCGUGUUCUUCGCCUGAAGAACGGCGGGCGAGUAGAAGGAGAGCACAUUGCAUGAUGGGAAGAGAGACAAGAGCUGGACUCGCUUUUGAAGGAACGGUUAGACACAAGCUUUGGAUUCUCCCACAAGAAGUAGGAACUUUUCUCCAAAAGACUUCACCUUGAAGGGAGGAACGCUGAACUUUUGUCCAAAAGACACAAAAGAAAAAUAAGUUAUCUUAAAGCCCCUUUUUGUAGCAAGUGACUAGAAAGCUCUUCUGACUUAUACUUUGACCAAUUAUUCCUGAAGACUCAAUCCAAAUAAUGGUUUGAUUCUGCAAACUGUUUUAAUUCACUUUUCUUUACCUUCUAACUAUGAAUUUGAUAUUCCAGAGACAAACUGCAAGCUGCGUUGUCGACAUGACGCUCAUUUUUCUUCUGAGCCUAGCUCCCCUCCCCCCGCAGGCGCCGCUGACUAUGUCAAAUAUUUGUGGAAAUGUUGGAUUUGCCAAACGUGUGCAGGAGCAGUGCACUUUUACCUGGAGAGGCCAAGCUUGACACACAUCUGUGCUUCUGAACGGCUUGUUUUGAUGGUUUUCUAAGCAACCCUGGAAGUGACUUGUUUGGAACACAUACACACUAGACUUCCCUCUUGAUUUCAUGUACAGGAUUUUAUUUAAAUGACCAAUUUUUAAGAAGACGUUACAUUCUUCCACCUGUUUUUCUGGGCUGACUGGCCUUACUUACCUUCUGUGUACAAAGUGCAAAUAGUGAAAAUGUUGUAUUAAUAAGAAAAAUGGACGUAUUAAUAAAUUGAUAACGGGG